AUAUCGUUUUAAAUUCACAGAAUGCAAAGUUGUUAGUAGAUAGAAAUGCUAAAUAAAUGCAUUUAGUUCGGUUUUAUUUAACUUCCUGGUGCGUUAUUGUAAUUGGCCGCAAAUAAUGGUACAGCAAAGAAAAUGCAAAGUAGCGUUCUUAGUAUUGUGCAUUUUCGUGUUGAUGUUUACAAUUCUGAUGCAAGACCAUCUGAAAAAGUCCUUCAACAAAUUUGAUGUAUUACUGGCGACUCAAUUGACAUCUUCAACCGCUGUAGACUACAGGAAAAUAUAUCAAGAUCGGUCAGACAGUAUCACUGAACGAUGCUUGAAACAAAAACACAAGAGCGUGAUCCUCAAGUCCGAUAGAUUUAAGUACAGCGACAAGGCCAAAGUCGUACUCUGCGAAACGCCAAAGGUAGCAAGCACAACAUGGCAAAUUGCUCUUUUAAAAUUGGGAGGUUUUAAUCAAGAAAUAAACGACGCCCUAAUGAAAAAGUGGGCUUAUCAACCUAUGCCGAACCAGUUGCUAUCGCAUCUUAAAACUGAGCACGAAGCGAGCGAAAUCGUUCGCAAUUACACCUCUAUAAUGAUAACCCGGGACCCAUUUGAAAGGCUGGUGUCAGCCUAUAGGAACAAACUUUCAAAAGUUGCCGAUUACCCGUAUUAUCGGGAUACUGUUGGAAAACAGAUAGCAAGGUCUCAAGCUGCAGAAUAUUUGCACGGUGUGAGCUUGGCCGUGGUUCAAUCGCCGACGCCCGGUUCACUAGAUAAAUCACCACAAUUUCAAAAUUUAAACGAGGAACAAAAGCGAGGUGUGAUUGAAUAUGCAAAAAUACUGAAGAAUGGCGAAGUAUCCUUCAAGCAAUUCGUCAGGUUUAUCAAUAACUACGCUAAGAGGAUGAAUGUAAAAGACAUGGACAUACAUUGGAGACCACAGACCGAUAUGUGUCUGCCGUGCAACGUCAACUACACUUAUGUGAUUCGGUUUGAAAACAUGGUAGCGGAGUCAAACCAAGUUUUGAGUUGGAUUCAAAAUGACCGACCAAUUGACAGUCCACGAGUAAAUAUAACAGGCGGUCAACCCCCAUCGGUUAAAAACUCGAGGACAAAACGUUAUUUCGAGCAAUUGGACGAAACAGAAGUGGAAAUACUUCGAAAAGUAUACGCUGAUGAUUUUGCAAUACUGGGAUACGAUCCUUAUAAAUAUAACGCGACAAAAACCGUAUGAAGGUAUGGUUUGAAUAUAGUUUUACAGGUUAAGAACCGGUAGCUGUAGAAACACCUGAAGCUUUUAUACAUUAUAAAAGUAAACUUAUAUGCAACUUUGUUCUAUAUCCACUAGUAGAUGCCUUUUUAUCGUGGUCGAUUUUUUCAUAUUUUUAUCUAAAGUAAAAUAAAACAUUUAGUACGACAA